AUGAGUCAUCCAGAAUCAACAAAAGAAAAUGGAUUACCAUUUUAUGCAAGUGGUCUAGUUGUUAAAGGAUUUGGACGAGGAUCAAAGGAUUUGGGUAUUCCUACUGCUAAUUUUAGUCGUGAUGUAAUAAAAGAUUUACCUGAAAACAUAAGCACUGGAGUAUAUUUUGGAUGGGCACAAGUUGACAAAUCACCAGUUUACAUGAUGGUUAUGAGUAUUGGUUGGAAUCCGUUUUAUCAAAAUAUUGAAAAGUCUAUGGAAAUCCAUAUUCUUAAACAAUUUGAUGAAGAUUUUUAUGGAUCUAAUUUAAAAGUUAAGGUUGUUGGUUUUAUUCGACCAGAAUUAAAUUUCAACUCUGUAGAUGAACUAGUCAAUACUAUUCAUUCCGACAUUGCAUAUGCAAAACAAAAAUUAGAUGAAAAUGACAACAAAGAUGUAUUCUUUGAUUUAUAA